AUGAAGCGAGAAGCCGUCACGACGUCAGCGCCGGCAAUCGCGAUACAAGCCACCGCACGCCGAUACCUGGCUAGACGGCGGCGCAACAAGCUGGUCGAGGCGAAGCAAAUCGAGUGGGAGAUGACCACAAUGGCCAAGGAAAUGAUCCGCUUUUGCGCCGAAAGAGCCAGACUGAGAAAAAUUGCGGUGAAACGGAGCGGAGAAGAAGGGUCCGGUUCUUUCCGUCUUGAAGGCAGGGCGUUCAACAAGCUAUUCGCAAGCACUCCUGGGAUGUUUAGUUCUUCGUUCCUCGCCACCGAUGUCGACCUUGUCUUCGCCAGGGUCAAGGACAAAGACGAGAAGACCCUCACGUACGCGCAAUUCGCUGCUGCCCUCAACGUGGUAGCGGCCACCCUCUUCCCAGAGGUGACAAUUCGAGGAUACCUCGGCCGUAAACGAUUCAGGCAGAAGAAACUGGAGAGCGACAAAGUGGCCAGAACCGCGUUAGAGUCACUGGAGUCUCUUGGAAGAAGGUACUGCGCGCGCUGCCGCGCGAUCCGCCUCGCUCAAGCAAAAAUCUCCAAGUUCAUUGAUCCGACAACGCACCUACCUUACUGGCUGCACCCUACAACGGGUGUGACAACCUGGACUAAGCCUAAGGUGUUCGGAGCCGCCGAUGUCGAGCAUGCCAUGAUGGUUGCUACGUCGAAAACGGAGCAUUUGGUAAAAUGUUCGGUGUGUGACGUCAGGCCCGUGAGGCGGAUGUGCACCUCUUGCAGGGACAGUUACUGCGAAGAGUGCUUCCAGGCUCUACACGGAAGGGGCAAGCGACGAGCACACGUCGCUCCUGUCAUCCACGUGUGUUGUGUGUGCAAGUACCAACAUGCCACCCGAAUUUGCGAGACUUGCACGUUCAAGGUCAGCACUACGUCCGCGUACUGUGACGUUUGCUUCUUCAACAAACACCCGGGCCUAGACAAUCUGUCCAAGGCAGAGGCCGCCGCGAUCGAGGAGGGAAGAGGAGGCGGGGGGGUAGGGCGGGCAAAGGCAUGGUCUUUGACCGCUGCAAAAAAACAGGAGGGGUGGACUCCUUUAGUGGUAACGUGCGUGGAAUGCCGACGGUACGCGGCUAGGUGGCUGUGCGAUGAUUGCGAAGAGGUCUACUGCGUUGGAUGCUACGCCUUCGUACACAAGCACGGUACUAAGGUUAAUCACGGAGCUGAAAAACUACCAUAUUACCCGGCUAGCCUCCACAUGGAGUACGCCAUGGCCUGCCGCAAGCGCAGCCGGAAGGAGAGGGACGAGGAAGCGCGCACUCUUUGGUUGGAGGACCAAGCACGAGCAAAAGAACGAGCAGCCGUGAGGAUUCAGGCACGAUGGCGAGGAAAGAUUGGCCGCAUCGAAGGGCUGGCCCAUUUGAAGGCUGGCCGGGCAAGACAUCGCGCAGAAUGGAGACAGAGAAAGAAAGACGACCGCAAGCGGAAGGCACUUUGGUACGAGGCUCUCGACUUGGCGGGACUAGCUCCCCGCCUGGCUUCCGACAGACUGGAUGAACAUGUCCUGAAAAGGGGUAUCGUAAGACGAGGUUUCGAUAUUGGCACGGUCGACGAACUCAAGGACCAAGCCACGAGAGGGGGGAUUCGUUUGCCUGGGGGGCACACGGUGAAAACGGGGCAUCGCUGCAUAUACACCGACCCAGCCUACGUCAUGGGGGAUUUCCUCAAGCCGGAAAACAUCAUCCGCGUGCAGGGCGAGCUGUUCAAGGUGGAAACCGUGAGAGCAGACCGCAUUCGAGUGGAUCGUGUUUGGAACAAGCGGGGCUCCAAGCGUGUCUUGCUGUACAAGAUGGUGCUCAAUCCAAGGCAAAAACUUCUUUUGGGAGUACCUGAACUGUACGACGGCAUGCAUCUAGCCCAACUACAUGCACCCAUUUCUAUGCUUUCGUUUGUGAUCAAGGUUACUUUGGUCUUGGAAGAAGACGUCAUAAACCGCAUGCUCCGGAAGGCCGCGAAAUAUUACAAGAGGAAACGACGAAAGCGCCUAUACACCCUGGCGAAGAAGACUCUCAAGAAGAGCGAGGAGAACGUUGGUUCUCUGAAGCUUAAGCUCAACAUCGCUCAGUUCGGGCUUGACAACAGUGGAGAUUUGGAUGGAGAAAAAAAAGCAGCUGCUACGGAUGACGGUGCUCCGGAGACUGCUGAAUCAGCCCUGGCCUGGAUAGAGGUUGUGAACGGGACGACCGGGAGACCUCUAUGGCGGAACACGGUCACCGGAGAGGAAAGCUCUGUGCCGCCAAAGGGCAUGGCGAACAUCGAGAACAUGACCAACGAUUUAGAAAAGCAAAAGGAAAUGCUCCGCGCAAAGAAGGCGAAAAAGCGAUAG